UUCUUGUGUGACGUAUAAUGGACUGGACGGACGCUUCUUCAGGAACAACAAAGCGCCAACUCUUUCGACCACCCCGAUAGCUUGCUAGACAACAUAAAAACUGAAAGAUUGACCUUUUAGGCCAUGUUAAUGUGCAUUAGCUAAUCGCAGUGUUUAAAACAAAUUUCAUUUGACGUUAACUUGAACCUAAUUUGCUUGUUCAAUUUGCAAAUUUGUUAAAGAUUGAUACUGAGCCGAGCACUAGGCUAGUCGCUAAUGCUAACUAGCUAGCUAACAUCCCUGACCAUGAGCUCAUUAAACUACUCAUCCCCUGCUAAAGAAGAGGAUGUCUGCUGUACGGAGAAAGACGCUCUGGCGCUGAACAUUAUCGUGAAAGACGAAGAGGAGAAUAUUACAGUGAAAGGAGAGAAAGAUGCUCUGCCUCUGGACAUUGUCGUGAAAGACGAAGAGGAGGAUAUUACAGUGAAAGGAGAGAAAGAAGCUCUGCCGCUGAACAUUGUCGUGAAAGACGAAGAGGAGGAUAUUACAGUGAAAGGAGAGAAAGAAGCUCUGCCGCUGAACAUUGUCGUGAAAGACGAAGAGGAGGAUAUUACAGUGAAAGGAGAGAAAGAACCUUUCAGAAUGAAAAAGGAGGAAGAGGAGGCUGUUAUAGGGAAAGAAGAGAAAGCAUACUCUUCCUCUCUAAAAGGUUCUAUCACAGUAAAGGUGAAGGAGGAAGACGUUUUGGGAGUGAAAGAGGAGGAGACAGAAUAUCAGAUUAAUAGCAGAGAGAGACAUGACUAUCGUGGAUCCUCUGGGGAGCCUCAACAACAUCCUGAUGCUGACGAGACAGAGAAGAGUCUCUCCAGAUCAGACCACCAGAUGGACAACGCUAGCCCUUCCUCCCUCCCGGAGUCCCCGUGUCGUGCCUCUCCCGGUAGCACCUUACUGCUGGGUAUGAAGAGGUUGUCUGUGCUGCUGGUGGACUGCAGGAAAACAACAGGGCUGAGUGGAACUGUGAGAGGAGGAGAAGAGAAGAAAGGAUCAGAUUUGACACAUCAAAGAGAAAGGCCAGACUCGGAGGAACCAAAGCCAGGAAAAAGAGUUUUAAACAAACACAACUGA